AUGGAAAAUUCAAACACUAUAAACACUCUUGUCGACAAUCUCGAUGCUAGUAUCGAGAAUUUGGAAGAGGCUUUGCAACCCUACUUGGAAACCUCAUUAGAAGAAACGCUAGCAAAGUGCUCGACACCAGAGGAGAAGGCCAAGGCGUACAACGAAUUGUUAUACAUUACCGAUUCUGUUCUUUUCGCGCUUUUAAAUACGUCGGGUAUAAAAACUGAGAGCCAUCCUAUCAGAUCGGAGCUUGCACGCACACAACAGUCGAUGAAGAGACUCGAAGAGGUGAAGCAACAGCUAGAAAACAAGAAAUCCCAGGUAGAUGCGUCUAAUAAAAAGACAGCCGAGUUUCUCCAGAACACCUUGGGCACGACGGGGGGCCUGGCCGCUCCUGACAGCUUGAAGUCUCCUGCUAUCAGCUCGGCAAACUUUAAAGGAAAGCACACAAAAUUUUGA